GAGUCCGGUAUGGGCGUGGGUCAAAUAUCUUGACUCUUGUCACUCUUUUCCUACCGUCAUACCGACUCGGGACUCGAGGAAGAGAAGAUAGAGCAUAGCAUCUUCGAAUGGAGAAAGGAGGAAGAGAGGUUGUGGUCUCAGCUCUGCAAUUCGCCUGCACCGAUGAUGUCUCUACGAAUGUCGCCACAGCCGAGAGGCUGGUUAGAGCUGCCAGUGAGAAGGGUGCCAACAUCAUUCUCAUUCAGGAACUGUUUGAGGGAUUCUACUUUUGUCAAGCACAAAGGGAGGAUUUCUUCCAACGAGCUAAACCUUAUAAGGGGCAUCCUACGAUUCUGAGGAUGCAGCAACUUGCAAAAGAGUUGGGUGUAGUGAUACCAGUGAGUUUCUUUGAAGAGGCAAACAAUGCUCAUUACAAUUCGAUAGCUAUAAUUGAUGCCGAUGGUAAGGAUCUUGGACUCUAUAGAAAAUCACAUAUCCCAGAUGGUCCAGGGUACCAGGAGAAGUUUUACUUUAAUCCCGGAGACACUGGUUUCAAGGUUUUCCAAACCAAGUUCGCCAGAAUUGGAGUUGCAAUAUGCUGGGAUCAGUGGUUUCCAGAGGCAGCUCGAGCUAUGGUUCUGCAAGGUGCGGAGAUAUUGUUCUACCCUACUGCUAUUGGCUCUGAACCUCAAGAUACAGGACUCGAUUCUUGUGAUCACUGGAAACGAGUAAUGCAAGGGCAUGCUGGGGCUAAUUUGGUACCUUUGGUGGUUUCAAACCGCAUAGGAAGGGAAAUAAUUGUGACAGAGCAUGGAAACAGUGACAUUACAUUCUACGGAAAUUCCUUCAUAGCAGGGCCAACUGGGGAAAUGGUGGCAGCUGCUGAUGACAAGGAUGAAGCCGUUCUUGUUGCAAAAUUUGAUCUGGAUAAACUAAAAUCUAAGAGGCAUGGUUGGGGGGUUUUCCGUGACCGACGUCCGGAUUUAUACAAGGUCCUUUUGACAUUAGAUGGUGGCAAUCACGCACUGUAAUUCAGUGCAGUACAUCCCUUUAUUUCCUUUUUGUAAGAAUGAGGUACUCUGAGAUUACUGUUUUGGAGUUUAUGUACCUUCAAGAUGGAAGGCCUCUAGAAUAAUGAGUGACAUUCAUAUACAAUGUGUCUGGUUAAUUUUCCGCCUCAUUCUGUGCAAGAUCUCUAGAAGUUUUUGUGGAGGAAAAUUUUUGUUGAAGAAUCCAUCCUGGGUCAAAACGGAAUAUGCUGAGCCAGAUCAUUUGUAUUAUUUGAGAGAUUUUUGUUGUUUCUUUGUCUCUGCUU